UUUUUUUUAAUAAUUAAAAAAAAGUUUUCAUUUUUCUUUUCUUCUCCUUUUAUCCUUUAAAAAAUAAAUAUAUCUAAAAUGGAGCGUACUUAUAUCAUGGUUAAGCCCGAUGGCGUUGAGCGCGGUAUUGUUGGUGAAAUCAUCAAGCGUUUCGAACAACGUGGUUUCCAACUCACUGCUCUUGAGUUGAUCCACCCUUCCAAGGAACUCCUCGAGGAACACUACUGUGACUUGAAGACCAAGGGUUUCUUCCCUUCUUUGAUUGAAUACAUGUCUUCCGGCCCCGUUGUCGGUAUGGUUUGGACUGGUAAGGAUGCCGUCAAGACUGGCCGUAAGAUGUUGGGUGAGACCAACCCUUUGAACAGUGCCCCCGGUACUAUCCGUGGUGACUUCUGUAUUGAGGUCGGACGUAACAUCUGUCACGGUUCUGAUGCUGUUGAGUCUGCCGAACGUGAGAUCGCUUUGUGGUUCCCCCGUGGUGUCAAGACUGUUGCUCGUACCCACUCUAUCCACUCUUUGUUCUACGAGAACUAAGUUUUGACCAUUUAAUUGUCUAAUAAAUUUCCUCAAUAUAUCUUGUGUAUAUAAACUACAAAAC